AAUCAGACCAUGAAGUAUGUGUUCCUAUGAUGCUCUCUCAGGGAAGCUUCCAGGCAGUAAGAUCCAGUAUCACUGAACCACAACUAGCUGAAACCUAGUCUCUACUCGUUAAAGUCUCUCCAUCACCUCAAAAUAAAAUAAGUGAAAUGAAGAAGUUUAAGCGCCGUUUCUCACUGUCAGCUCAUCGAACGGAAACUAUUGAAGAGUCACUUGCGGAGUUUCAGGAACAAAUCACCAACCAGAUAAAGAACAGGAGGAAUGAUGAUAUCGCACACGAGAAUCUGCCACUGACCUUGAAUGUGCACACGGAACGGGUGACAUCAGAAGAUGGCCAUUCUCCAAAUCCCCUGCGUUAUAGGAAUCACCGACAGCGCAGGUUCUCAAUGGAGGACUUCAGCAAGAGGCUCUCUCUACCGAUGGAUAUCAGACUACCUGAGGAGUUCCUGCAGAAGCUACAGCUGGAGAGCCCACCCCUGCCCAAGCCUCUGAGCAGAACAUCACGGAGAGCUUCUCUGUCAGACAUCGGUUUUGGGAAGCUGGAGACUUACGUCAAACUGGACAAAUUGGGUGAGGGAACUUAUGCCACAGUGUUUAAGGGUAGAAGCAAAUUAACCGAAAACCUGGUGGCACUGAAGGAGAUCCGACUGGAACAUGAAGAGGGAGCUCCGUGCACUGCAAUCCGAGAAGUUUCGUUGCUGAAGAAUCUGAAACAUGCAAACAUUGUCACUCUGCACGACAUCAUUCACACUGACCGCUCACUCACCCUUGUCUUUGAGUACCUGGACAGUGACCUGAAACAAUACAUGGACAACUGCGGGAACAUCAUGAGCAUGUACAAUGUCAAGAUAUUCAUGUUCCAACUAUUGAGAGGCCUGGCUUACUGCCACAAGCGCAAGGUUCUACAUCGAGACCUGAAGCCACAGAACCUACUCAUUAACGAACGAGGAGAGUUAAAACUGGCUGAUUUCGGUCUGGCCAGAGCCAAAUCUGUUCCAACUAAGACCUAUUCCAAUGAAGUGGUAACCUUGUGGUACCGACCCCCAGACGUCCUCAUGGGCUCUACAGUAUACUCAACGCAGAUCGAUAUGUGGGGAGUUGGUUGUAUUCUAUAUGAAAUGGCUGCGGGAAGGCCUCUGUUCCCUGGGUCCACAGUGAAGGAGGAAUUGCACUUAAUUUUCAGGUUUUUAGGGACUCCAGCAGAAGACACAUGGCCAGGAAUUACAUCCAAUGAAGAAUUCAAGGCUUAUAAUUUCCCUUACUACCGACCACAACCAAUGAUACAUCAUGUUCCCAGAUUGGACGCUGAAGGUCUAGACCUUUUUGCAAACCUUUUACUGUACGAGGCCAAGAAGAGGAUUUCAGCUGAGGAUGCUCUCCAACACCUUUAUUUCAAGAACUUGGGUGAAAGAGUGCACUUUCUACCAGACACUGUUAGUAUUUUCACAUUGAAAGAAAUCCAGUUGCAGAAGGAUCCUGGUUAUCGAGGGUCUUCAUAUCCCCAGUCUGCCCGGGGCAAGAAUCGAAGGCAAAGUGUUUUAUUUUAGACGGAUCCGUGCUCCUGUCUCGUCCCCACAUUACAGAAGAACACAGUCACUUUAUGGUGGGGGUGUGGAGGGAGAGUUGAGGGCGGGGGAAGCUUCAUUAUUGCAGCCUGGAACGGGACCAGGUGAGGCUCCAGCAGUAAUCCAAGAUGAUGUCUGCGUGAGAUCAGUAUCCUUCAACUGUGAUGUUACACAUUAACUGAAAUCACCAGGAACAGGAGGACUCCAAUCACAGCCUCAGGUUUGCUCUACAAUUCAAUUAGAUUCUAACCCCACUAACUCAACUUUGGCACCAAAUGCUGACUCUUCAUCAAAGAUAUUUGGUAUCAAUUCCAAUGCCACAAACUGGCUUCAUAGCCCGAGUGCCCAGUUACAACUGUGCCCAUUACUACAUAUCCUCAUACCUGCCCUCAUCUCCUGUACUGCAUCCCAAUACAGCAGUUUAGCUAAUGCACUGAAGCUGUCUUCCGAUUAGUUUAGGACUAUUCAGCAUUGACAUCGAACAGCUGACUCCUCUCUUCCCUGCAUCCUUGCCUUUGCAGAGAUUAAAGAAUGCUGCUGAUAAUUUUUCCUCAAAACUGCACAUCGAAAGCUUCCUCGCAUCUUUAUUCAGUAGGUUCAUGGGACACGAAUUCACUGCAGGCCUAAGGGGACAAGAGUCACAGUGGUCUCCAGGAGAACAGGUUCAUUGCAGGCACUAGUGGGCAUGGAUUCAGGACAUCUCAGGGUUUAUGGCAGGCACAGAGGGCCAGGAUGAUAGCAGACAUAGUGGGAACAGGUUCAUGGCAAGUCCAUAGGGCACAGGGUCACAGUAGGAUCACAUGAGAUCACAAUUAGUAUGAGUUUGGUUCUUUCUUCUCUGUUUUCCUUCCUCAUUCCCUCCAUCAUUUUUUAUCCCUUCCUUUCCUUUCUUCACUCCCUUUUCCUCUUCCACCUUUCUUCCUUCAUUCCUUCUUUCCUUUUUUCCCCUUUCUACCUUUUUUCUCCUUCCUUUUCUUCCUAUAUCAUUUCUUCCUUUCCUUCCCACUCUCUGAGGGGAUAGCAGAGUGAUCAGCCAACUGCCUUUACUCAUACACAAACAAGGGACAAGAGUAGGCUACUUGGCCCUUCAAGCCUGCCCUUCCAUUUGAUAAGGUCAUGGCUGAUCUGAUUUUAACAUCAACUCUACAUUCCUGUACAUCUCCGAACAUCUUUCAUCUCCUUGCUCAUCAAGAAUCCAUCUACCUCUAUCUUACUAGUAUUUGUAGAUUCUGUAUUUACUGCCUUUUGAGGAAGUGAAUUUCAAAGACACUCAACCCUGUGAGAGAAAAAAUAUAUUUCCUCUUCUCUAUCUUAAAUGAGCAACCCCUUUUUUUAAACAGUGACCCCUAGAUCUAGAAUCAUCCACAAUAGGAAACAUCCUUUCCACAUCUACUUGGUUAAGUCCCCUUAGGGUCUUAAGUGUUUCAAUUAAGUCACCUCUGACUCUUCUAAACUCCAGAAGAUACGGGCCUAGCCUGGCUAACCUUUCCUCAUCAGGCAAUCCGCUUAUUCUAGGUAACAGUCUUAUAAACAUUCUCUAAACUGCUUCCCAGCUAAAUAACAUGCUUCCAUAAGUACAGUGACAAUCACUGUACACAGCAAUCCAGAUACAGUCUCACCAGUUGCCCUGUAUAACUGAAGCAUUUGGCAUGGCCAUGCUUGUUUCAUGUCCUCAGGUUGAAAAGAUGGCACUGAAAGUAUGAGCUAGCUUGUACAGCCUACAAUGACAAUGCCUCCUGUCAGUGGAAUGUGGAAGAGCACAGUAACUGGGAAGAUGCUUUGGAUCCCUGGUAAGGUGUUGAAGGAGGUGGCUUAUAGAGUCAUAGAGUGUACAGCAUGGAAACAGACUCUUCGAUCCAACGCAUCCAUGCCGACCAGCUAUCCUAAAUUAAUUUGGUCCCAUUUGCCAGGAUUUUUCCCACAUCCUUCUAAACUCUUCCUGUUCAUGUAAUCAUCCAGAUGCCUUAUAAAUGUUGUAAUUGUACCAGCUUCCACCAUUUCUUCUGGCAGCUCAUUCCAUACAUGUACCAUCCUCUCGAUGAAAAAAAAUUGCCCUUUAGGUCCCUUUUAUAUCUUUCCCCUCUCACCUUAAACCUAUGCCCUCCAGCUUUGGGGGAAAGACCUUGGCUAUUCAUCCUACGAUUUUCUAAAUCUCCACAAGGUCACCUCUCAAUGUCUAAUAUUCCACCAUUCAGCUUCUCCCUGUAGUUCAAACCCUCCAACCCUGGCCACAUUCUUGGAAAUCUUUCCUUAAAUCUUUCAAGUUUAAUAACAUCUUCCUAUAUCAGGGAGACCAGAAUUGAACGCAGUAUUCCAAAAGUGGCCUAAUCAAUGUCCUGUACAGCCACAACAUGGCCUCCCAACUCCUUUACUGAAUGCACUGACCAAUAAAAGCAAGCUUGCCAAACACCUGUCUAUGUGCUUAAAAGCCUGAAAAUGGGGAGUAGAAACAAGGAAUGAAAGGUUUUCUCAAUCAAACAAACUACCUGCCUGAUCCAUUUUAAUCAUGAUUCACCUGACUUUGAGCAGAAGAAUUGCAAUAUUACGAAGAGCAUAAAUGUUGCUAAAUCCGGAGGUGAUCUGGAAGUGCCUCAUUGAUCAUUUAUCUGUGCUGUCAUGUCCCAGUGUUAAAGUUUGGAAUGCUAAACAAUCUUGACAGCUUUUUUGUAAAAGCCUGCAUGUUCUUGGGUAAGAAUGUUUGAGCCCUGUAUUAGAGCUUGCUCUUGAUACGGAUCCAUUUGAUUUAAGGUGACCCACUGUUUUCCACUUUUCAAACUUGUUUCUGGAAAAAUAUUGGAAGAGAGUCAGAAUGUCAAACAAAAAUAGUGAAAGCAAUGUCCUGCAAAUAGCAUUGUUAAACUCAUGUUAGAUCCAGUCUGUGUCCUUGUCAGAGACAUAUUGUGCUUGGGCAAUCAAACUGCUUUGCUGCAUUUGUGUAGCUGAGACUUUCUGGGGCUCUUCUUUGAUUGAAACAUUAAACCAAGUCUCCUUCUGCCCUUUCGGAUCAAUCCAAGCUUGUUAUUUUGAGGAAAAGCAGAGGAAUUAGCCCUACUGUCUUCAGGCCAAUAUUUAUCUCUCUACCCAACAUAACUUUCAAAAGCAAAAUGAGCAGAUUUGCUUGCUAUUACAUUGCUGUUUGUGAGGUUUUAUGUGGAGAAAUUACUGCAGCAAUUUCUCAUAUUGCAAAAGCACUUAGGAAAUACUUCAUGAGCUGUGACAUGCCUUCGGAUAUCCUGCAUUAGAGAACAGCACUAAAUAAAUGCAAAUCAAUUUUGUUCUCUAUCCUGUUGCCAGUCUCUGAUUGCACCACCUACCUUGUGACCCUGGCAGAUCUUGUGUAGUUGCUAUGCUAAACGUCUACAUGUUAUACUCAAAUAUGGUAAUAGAUGUGUCACUUUACAGGAAAGCUCUGAGCUUCAAAUAAUUUCUAUUAACUGUGGAAAUCAUUCCUCUAAUAUGUAAUAUCUAUCAAUGAUUCUUUAUUUUUGAACAAUUUCAAGUGCCAAGUGUCUCCCCGGGUCCUGAGAGCAAUUAUUUUGGAUUUUUGUUGUAAAUAUGAGAGUACUUUGCCAUCAGAGUUGGAUGUUCCUGCUCUUGCUGCCUGUAGCUAAGAUGUCGCAGGCAGGUAGAUCUGGUCAUUGACCUCUAGAAAGAAGCAGGAAAUGUUUUUGUUCUUGGAAGGAUUUAUGUAAAAAAGGUUUAUUAGUGUUUAAAAAUAUCUUAAAUCUUGUAAAACGAAAGGUUAACUAGAUUCUUACUCCUUCAUGUAACUAAUUGAAAAGCAGAAUAUUGCGUUUGUUAAAAACCUGUCUUAAAACCAGAAAAUGCCAGAAACUGUCAGGCAGAAUCUGUAGACAAUCAUAGAAUCCCUAAAGUGCAGAAAGAGGCCAGUCAUCCCAUUGAGUUACAGUACAUAGAACAAUACAGCGCAGAACAGGCCCUUCGGCCCUCAAUGUUGCACUGACUUGUGAAUUAAUCUAAGCCCAUCCUCCUACACUAUCCCAUCAUCAUCCAUGUGCCUAUCCAAGGAUUGCUUAAAUCUCCCUUUGGGCAAACCCUCCAAAGAGCAUCCCAUCCAGACCCAGACCCAGUAACCCUGUAUUUCCCAUGGCUAAUCCAAAUAGCCUGUACACCCCCGGAUACUAUAGACAACUUAGCAUGGCCAAUCCACCCAGCCAACACCUCUUUGUCAGAGACAGUAGGAGAACAUGCAAACUCCACACAGACAAUCAGCAGGAAUUGAACCAGGGUCCAUGUGCCAGUGAAAGAAGAAAGUGCCUCUUUCUGCACUUUAGGGAUUCUAUGAUUCUCUACAGAUUCUGCUUGACCGUCUAUGGCAUUUUCUGGCAUUUUCUGGUUUUAAGGAUUGAUAUAAAACAAAUGUUUUUCUUUAAUGAUUCAAAGAUUUACAGAAUUCCUUAAAUCUUGUAAAGAAAAGGGGCUAACUAGACUUUUAGUCCCUUCAUGUAACUAACUUAAAAGCAGAAUACUGCACUUGCCAAAAACCGGUCAUAAAAACACACCAUGUUGUGAAUACACAGCGUGUCGGGCAGAAUCUCUAGAGAGAGAGAGACAGAGAGUUAAUGUUUUAGGUUAAUGACCUUGUGCCAGAGUUGGAGAAAUGUAAACUGAAACCUCAAUUCCGUUUGUAUUAUGCAUACUUGUCUUUGGUUCAUGUUGCAAAUUAGUAUGAAAAUUAUAUUGCUGCAUGAUCAGCUUAUGGGCGACUUAGGGUCAGGCAGAGGACAGGGUUCAGUCUUCGUGGUGAGGUCUGACAACCCUUGGGGCGAGAGCUUCAUUUCCAGAAAACUGGUUAAGCAUCCUCAGAGAUUCGGUCACUAAAUAAACCAUGACUAGAAUUGGAGAUCAGACAGAGUGAAAUGUGGCUGAGGUUCAACAAAGCAGUAGCAAAUGACUGGGCAAAGGGGUACAUUUACCAGCCUCUCAUUCCAGUAUUUACUAUUUCAGGUAAAAAGUGAGGUCUGCAGAUGCUGGAGAUCACAGUUGAAAAUGUGUUGCUGGUUAAAGCACAGCAGGUUAGGCAGCAUCCAAGAAAUAGGAAAUUCGACGUUUCGGGCAUUAGCCCUUCAUCAGGAAUGAGGAGAGGGUGCCAGGCAGGCUAAGA